AUGGCUGCUUGCGAGAGCUUUCUUAACAGCAACGUCGAUGUAUUGCAGCAGUUUUUGAAAGUUAGAGGAAUAACUGUGUCCAAUAUCAAGAAAAAGUGUUUGAUAGAACUAUGUUGUGCCGUCAAUAAUUUAGAUUUACCUGUAAAUCCCGAUUUUCAGGGCAUUUCACCAAAAGAAUGUACAAGAAUCAAACUCGCAAAUAUAGGCAUUACAGAAGACCCUCUUUAUCUGCCGGGGUUUUCCAACGAUUUUUCAGAUAUACCAAACUUUACUCUUUUCGAUGUAUUUAAUUACCUUUUAUGUUCACGUGCUGAGUAUGAUAAGCGCAAAUUAAAAGCCUGCAAGUCAUGUGAUGACUAUCGCCUUUUCUUUGAUGGUCACGUUGAAAAUUGGGAAUUCGAUCCAUUGGGAGAAAGUCGAUAUUCUCUAUUCCGGGAAGUGAGACCAACGCAGAGGACAUCUGUAGGAUUAUAUGACCUUUGGAUUUGUUUGGGAAAGGAACACGGAGAUAUAGCUGUAGCAUGCUGUACAUGCAUUGGAGGGGCUGAUGGAGCAUGCCGGCAUAUAGGUGCAGUUCUUUAUGAGAUGGAAGCAUUUGAACAAAAGUCAUGCACUGAUGGAGAAAAUCAGUGGAAAAAACGACCUAUGCAGCAUGAUUGUCCAGUUCCAAUUAAGAGACUCAAAGCUGUCAAGGCAAAAUAUGUUUCUGCCGAUGAGAUUCCAUCAAACAAGAGUCGACUAGAAAAUUUUGAUCCGAGGGCAAAUACUGAUGAGCCAGAUGACCAAAAACUGAAUGAUUUGUGCGAUUCUUUAAAAAAGUAUGUGACAAAUAUUUCAAUGAAAUGCCAAAUGUUACCAGUGAUAUUAUUUCUGAGGAUAACAUUCAUUCAGUUGGCCAAAAGAACUAUUGAAAACCUUAGAGAUGAUAUGUCUGCAGAUGAUAUUUCAUAUGGAGAAUCAAUCACGCAAGGUCAGUCUGCAAAUAAAAAUUGGAGUAAUAUGAGAAAAGGCAGAAUUACUGCAUCUAACUUUUGUAAGGUGUGUUCAGCUGUAAAUAUGAACAGAAACCCAGAAUCACUUCAGAAGCAAUUAUUGGGAGAGUAUGGGGAUGUUGAAUCUGCACCUUUGUUGUGGGGGAGAAAGAAGGAAAAAAGUGCUCUGGACUUGUACAAGAGGGUCAUGUACAAAAAACAUAAACACUUUAGGUUAGAAAAACGGGGACUUAGAAUAUUUGGAGAUUUGCCAUUUGUUGGAUGUAGUGUUGACAGUCUAUCUUUUUGUAAGUGUUGCCACAAUUCACCUAAAAUUGUGGAAGUUAAAUGUCCAUUCAGCCUAAAAAACAAACUUCCUAAGGAAGUUGCACUUUGUAAAGGUUGUGUAUUGGUGAAUGGAUCUUACAAGCUGACAUCCCAAUCAGAAUACUAUCACCAAAUCCAAGGUCAAAUGGGAAUUUAUGCCUGUGGGCACAAUUGCUUACCAUUAGAAAAUGGAGGGAUGUUCAAAGUAGCACCUCUGAGAGCUAGCUCUCCAUGGAUAAGGAAGCCUCUAUCGGCCAUAAUGUCAUCUCCACGUUCCACUUUGUCCAAAAAGUUAGAAUCCACCACAAUCCCUUUGUCAGAAAUGAUUCCAGAAUAA